GCUCAGAGCUAUCUGGUGCUGUACAUCACAGACAGCAACUGCCGUCUGCUUUCAGUUGUCUCUGUAGCAGCAGAAACUGUGUACACUAGAGGUGGCCUGAAUUCAAAAUGCUAAAGAGGAAGCCAUCUAAUGCCUCAGAGAAAGAGAAACACCAAAAACCGAAGCGCAGCAGCAGUUUUGGGAAUUUUGAUCGUUUUCGGAAUAAUUCCACAUCCAAAUCUGACAACUCACCUGAGGUCCAUGAAGGGGAACUAACCAAUGGAAGUGAAGAACAAAAUAAAACCUCAAAUAAUGGAGGAAAUCUAGGUAAAAAAAUGAGGGCGAUUUCAUGGACCAUGAAAAAAAAAGUUGGGAGAAAAUACAUCAAAGCCCUUUCUGAGGAAAAAGAGGAGGAAAAUGGAGAGGAAGCCCUCCCAUAUAGGAACAGUGACCCCAUGAUUGGAACACAUACAGAGAAGACCUCCCUCAAAGCCAGCGACUCUAUGGAUAGCCUCUACAGUGCGCGGAGCUCAUCAAGCGGAAUGACAAGCUGCUCAGACGGAACAAGUAACAGGGAUAGUUUUCGCCUGGAUGACGACAGCCCCUAUGCAGGGCCAUUCUGUGGCCGCGCCAGAGUGCACACAGACUUCACGCCAAGUCCCUAUGACACCGACUCCCUCAAAAUCAAGAAAGGAGACAUCAUAGACAUUAUCUGUAAGACACCGAUGGGAAUGUGGACAGGGAUGCUGAACAAUAAAGUUGGAAACUUCAAAUUUAUUUAUGUGGAUGUUAUCGCAGAAGAGGAAGCAGCUCCUAAGAAAACAAAGGCGCACAGAAGUAGUAAGAGAGAGAGCACCGGGACUCUGCAGAAUUUCUUAGAGCAGAUUCACCUCCAGGAAUAUACUUCAACACUUCUGCUCAAUGGCUAUGAGACCCUGGAAGACUUGAAGGAUAUUAAAGAAAGUCACCUCAUUGAAUUAAACAUUGCCAAUCCAGAAGACAGGAUGAGGUUACUCUCAGCUGCUGAGAGUCUUCUGGAUGAAGAAACCACUGAAGAGCAAGAAAAUGAAUCUGCACCUCUGUCCUUAAGACCUGAAAGCAAGUCACAGUUAGAUGACUGCCCCAGGGACUCUGGCUGUUACGUCUCCUCAGGAAACUCAGACAAUGGCAAAGAGGACCUGGAGUCAGAAAAUCUGUCUGACAUGGUACAGAAGAUUGUCAUCACAGAGGCCAGUGACUGAACACACAUCCGCAUCUCCAUAUGUAUGAAAUUCUAUACAUUGAGCUCUUCUGCUACAGGAUCAAAUAGAAGUGUUCCAAAUGCAUUCCAAAGUGCAAAGUGUUUUAAUAUGAAUGAUUGCACAUGUAAAUAUAUAUCUCUAAAUUCCCAGUGAGUGUGAGCAACGUGUGUAUUUAUUAAAUACUAUGUGUUAAAGUUCAUCUGCCUAUAGCAGAAAAAAGACAAAAUGCAAAAUACCAUGGUGGUGCGUGAUGUAUGCUGUUCUUGCCUUUAUUUCAUAAGUGUAAAAAUAUAAUAAUAAAAACUGUAUAUUUAUAUAGAUUAUUGGGAUAUUUUAUAGACGAGGUUUCAGUUGGACUGACUUCUAAAGCCAAACAUACACUCAUUUUUUUAA